AUGGAUAACAAGAUUAUUAGAGAUAACCCGGGUCUCAAGAAUUUCAGUCAAUUCCUAUACAACGCCGGACUCAAAACUAAAUACAAUGAAUUUUUCACAGUUGCCUUGACACAAAUAAAAUGUUUGAAUAAAUUGGAGUCAACUAUAAAUCUGCCAUUAAGUGGAGCGCCUACACAAGUGACAAAUAACGGCCAGUAUUGCGAUUUGGAAAGGGAUGUAAGCGAAGAGAUUGUUUGUAAUCCUUAUUAUAAAUACCGACGAAUAGACGGAAAGUGUAAUAACCUGAAGGACACCAAUAGUGGCGCAGCCUUUCAUUGCCAGCGAAGACUACUUCCGCAGGACUACGCGGAUGGUGUCUAUAAAGGGCGGACGGCCUAUGAUGGCAGUCCUCUGCCUAAUGAGAGAUUUAUAAGCAAUUCAGUGAAGAAUAAAAAUGAAGUUUUUGACAAAAAGAGAUCUUCAAUGCAUAUGAUUUGGGGUCAAGUGAUAGCUCACGACACUAUCAAGACUUUACAAUAUUUCGGAUUAGGUCUCGAUUGCUGUCCACCCACUGGUCCCAUACAUCCCGAGUGUAUUAUAGAUAUUAAUGUACCACAAGAUAGGUUGACAAUGGCUUAUAAUCAGACCUGUCUCAGUAUAGCCCGCUCCACCGGAUGCAACACAUGUCGCUUGGGAGCUCGAGAACAGAUGAAUGCCCCGACAGCAUAUCUGGACCUCUCAUUAGUUUAUGGCUUUUAUAAACCAGAUUCAGAUUCCUUGAGAACCUUUAAAGGAGGUAAAUUCCAAACCAAUCAGUCAUUGGCUGGCACCACUAUAUUACCUGAAGCAGUGCUACCACAGGACCAGGAUAUAUUUGAUUUAACAGCCUGUGCGCCCCCAACGGAUAGGCCAUGGCUUUCAUGCUUUAAGACAGGGGAUGGCAUUCGAGGCAAUCAACAAACGCUAAUCAAUACAAUGACUUUGGUUUUGGUGAUCCGACACAACCAACACUGCGAUGGUUUGGCUAAAGUGAAUCCACACUGGAGUGAUGAUACCUUAUACCGAGAAGCUAGGCGUAUAUUAGAAGCAGAAUAUAAUUACAUAAACUUUGAAGAAUACUUGCCAUCGAUUAUCAACAGAGAUCUCAUGAACUUCUUCGACCUCAAUGUGUCACCCUUUGGACAGUUCAGUGAAUACAACCCAUACAUGUCGGGCGACAUAAUCAAUGAGUACGGAGUGGCGGCCUUCAGGUACAGCCACUCCAACGUUAACAACAUUUUCCCAAUCAUUCAUAAAAAUCGCUUAAAAGACUCGUCACUUAAAUUGAGAUUGAAUUUCGUUCAGAUGUCGGAGCUAUGGGACGGAAAUAAAAAUGGUAUAAUAAAAGGGAUGUGUGAGGACAGGGAGAAGCGCACAGAUCUAGACUAUACGGACGAUGUUAGGGAUUACCUAUUCUUCACUCCCUGUGCACCCACUGUGACUGAUCUGUUGGCAAAUGAUGUGGGAAGGGGUAGGGAUCACGGUAUUGCCGCUUAUAUCUAUUAUGUGCAAUACUGUUCUGAUCAGUUGAAUCACAUCAGACAAAGAGCUUCUUUGGCUAAUAUGUUGUGCAAAACCACAGACUUCGAGACAAUACAAGUGAACCCACUGUAUGUGUCCUCUGAGACCAAUCCCCGCAUAUCAUGCGAUAGUUUUGCUGAAUUUGAUUAUCACUUGUGGGCAGAGAUUGAGGAUGUGAGCGAAGAGAUUGUCUGUAAUCCUGACUAUAAAUACCGACGAAUUGAUGGAAAGUGUAAUAACUUGAAGGAAACCAAUUGGGGCUCAGCUUUCCAUUGCCAACGAAGACUACUUCCACCCGAUUUUGGGGAUGGAGUUAAUAAAGUGCGGGUGGCCUGGGAUGGCAGUCCCCUACCAAAUGAGAGACUAAUAGGCAAUUCAUUAUCACAUGAGAGUACAAUCCAUAUUAAAAAUAAGACUUUAUUGCAUAUGAUUUGGGGUCAAGUGAUAGCACACGACAUGCUUAAGACAUUACAAUACUUCGGAGUGGCUCUCAAUUGUUGUCCAACUAGUGGUCCAACACAUCCCGAGUGUGUCUUAAUUAAUAAUAUACCUCACGAUAGGCUAACCAUAGCUUAUAACGAGUCGUGUUUAAGUAUCGCCCGAUCCACUGCUUGUGGGACAUGUAGUCUAGGUGCUCGCAAUCAGAUGACAGCUCCGACAUCUUAUCUCGAUCUCUCACUAGUCUAUGGAUAUUAUAAACCAAAUUCUGAUUCUUUAAGGACUUUUGAAAAAGGAAAACUGCAAACAAACCAAUCAUUGGUGGGAACCGUUAUAUUACCAGAAGCAGUUAUGCCACAAGAUCUCGAUAUUUAUGAUCUCAAUUCAUGUAUGCCUGCAGUGGACAGACCCUGGUUAGGGUGCUUUAAGAAUGGUGAUGGCAUUCGUGGUAAUCAACAGCCGUUAAUCGCUGCCCUCUCUAUAGUAUUAGUGGUUCGCCAUAACCAACACUGCGAUGGUUUAGCUAAAGUUAAUCCCCAUUGGAGUGAUGAAGUCCUUUAUCAAGAAUCCAGACAUUAUAAGGAUAUCGAUCUAUACAUCGGAGGGUUAGCCGAGACACUACUCGACGGUUCAAACGUUGGACCAACUUUUGCCUGUAUUAUAGGAAUCCAAUUCUUUCACUUGAAAUUUGGGGAUCGAUUCUACUUCGAGCAUAAGUCUGACACCCAUUCCUUCAGUAUA